AUUGAUCUUGCGCCAAACGCUUCUCCUGCUCCACGGUCCUCCGACUCGGGCUCAUAUGCCAUGAUCACGAUACUGAUGGCAUUAUAGUUGCCCGGCUCUCCACCACCCUCGCCUUCAUCAUGCCACCCCAUCUCCACCCGAGGUCCCGAAUGACCUCGUCCCUUUUCGCGACAACCAUGCUUGCCAGCUUUCUCGUGGUCGGACUCCCACACCUACUGCCAUGCCCUGCUCCUAGGAUCACCUACGCCGAUGGAGAGAUAGUGGAAGAUGAAAACGGCAGGAGGAGGCGGAGGCGGCGGGUGCAGCAGCAGAGUGAAGAGGCCAAAGGCGGAGUUGUGCAGUUCAACAACAUAACCCAGGCAGAUCUGGUCGAUCAUGAGGGUAACAGAGGCAAGCGAGAAUGCCCUGUGCCCAAGCCCGGCGGGAAAGUCGGCGAGCUUCUCGGCUUCAAACCAUCAAGCAAGCCACAGACCACCGACAGCAACACUCAGGACCGCGCAUUAUAGAACACCGAACCCGGUCGACCCUGGAUACUGGGACGCACCGUUUUUAUAGGGCCGUGGUCGAAAUCAACCAUUCCACAUGGUCCUUGGUUAUCCGAUCGAAGAACCUUAGGAACGCGUUCUGUCUAUAUAACAUCUCCAAUCCUCGAGCGCGACGCGUUGUCGGUCGCAGCAAAUAUCGAAGAAAUCAAAUGGUCCAAGGACCAACUGCACAUAUCCUGCAUUUGGCAUCGCAGAAUAGACACGUGGUUCGUUUGCGGUUGGGAAAGAACUACGCCCAACGAAGAGUGGGAACAACAUCCACGAAUAGCAUCUGGAAGCGGAUACCACGAUAUAGAAACUUAAAUACGAAACUAUUCCACUACA